AUGUCGACUAUCACACAAACACGUACCAAAAACCGAAGUCGAAGCCGAAGCCGACCGGCGAAGGGAUCUUCGAAGUCUGCAAGAUCAGUCUCUAAUGUUCAAACGACAUCCACAUUCGCAGACCCCAAUUACAGUCAGCCAACCCCCGAACCCAAAAGUGCCUCCCUCUCGCCGACAUGGGUGGAGGUCCAUGGAACCAAAAGGGGAGAGAGUGAGCCUUCUACAUCAUAUGUCAGACGCUCUGAUUUGGCCGAACACACCUUGGAGUACCCAUCCGAUCUCAGCGAUGUUACAGUCAGUCCCAUCAACGGGGAGCCUUCAGUACCUUUCCCUGAUUUUAGACACCCUAAUGGCCAACGUUACGUUCCACUCAGCACUUACUGCGCUCCUCCAGGAACCGCACUGGAUGGGAGGUUCCAAGAUCCAGUCUUAAUCUCGAAUUAUCGCCGAGCCAAGGCCAUGGCCUCUUCAACCCCUAGGACAAGAUCAAGAUCGACUACUCCGAGAAAGCGAGUUGUUAUUUCCACGGGGUACGACACUGAGGAUGAGGAUGACCAGUUCAGUCCGACCCAUUCUCCAUCGUGGAUCAAGCCCAGACCAGACACACCGACUUCGGCUCGGUUCGAUUCAUUCGGCUUC